AUGGAAGAUAUAUCAUAUAGUGCAUAUAUGAGCGAAGUGCAAUUACGCAACUGGAGAUACGACGCAAAGGAGAAGCAGGCGAGGUACAAUGAAAGCGCCAUCAACAGUUACAAAUGCAGUCAAAAAAUAAAUCCCUAUUACGAUUACGCGAAUGAUGAGAGCGAUUCUCCUAAUAGGGGAGAAGGCGACAGCGAUAUUGUAAAAUUAGGCAGCACAUACGGAAGCGUUGGCAAGCCGAGUUUGAGUAACAUCACCAACCUCAGCGACCUCACUAACAUUAGCGGCAUCACCGAGGUCAGCGACAUCACUGACGUCAGCGUCAGCUCCAGCCUAAACUGUUCGCAGGAAACUCUAAUAAACGGCUCCAUCGAAGACAGUCCAGCAUCCAACAACGGAAGCAGCUAUCAGGAUCUCGUCGAUAACUACGUGUACAGCCAAAUAGGUGGCGAGAGAGGCAAGAUUGGCGACUCGCAAGAACAGAGUACCAACAAUUGCCCCUUAAGAAAAAACGUCCCCAGUGGAAUGGAUAGUGACGUGGUGAAAGGAGCCAAAGGUGAAGAGCAUGUCGGACAUGAGGAGGUCUCCUUCGAAUCAGCAAAUGGAGUGGACCCAGAUGAGAUCGGUCACCAGAAUGGCAAUCACAUGUAUAAUCAGUUUUCCCAUUUUGCAAAUGUGGCUGAUGCGAAAAGAACGAAUGGAAGUAAUAAUCCCCCCUACGAUGCAGACUUUAUCGGUAGGGAGAGCUCAACAAAUCCACACAACUUCCAAGAGGGAAACGGAAACAACAGUGACACGCCCCCAGCAAUUUUAGAGUAUCUUAACCGUUACAGAAAGUAUGGCAAUGGGUAUAAUGGCGGUGAUGGCAAGGAUGCCAACGAGAAGGAAGAAGAGUUUUUUCCGGUGAAUGACUCCUCUCCCAGGAGUGCAGCCUUAUUGAAUGGUAGCAGCAACGGUGAUGGAAACACCAGGAAGAGUAAGAUUCAGAGAAACGACAUGACGUAUCAGCACUCGUCAAAGACAUAUUUUGAGACCCCACUCCAUGGAGGGAUUAUUCCCUCCUAUAUGAAAGACAAAGCGAUGGACAUGCCAGAUGGUCACAAAAUUAUUUACGCGAACGGGAAGUCAACGGCGACCAGAAAAGAUGCCACUUAUUAUAGAUCAUUGCGCCAUGGACAUAGCAACAGUCGAGUUUCUUUAAAUAGCGAGUAUAAUCAGAUGGGGGAGAAGGGUAUGAAGGCAGAAGAGGACGAAGGACAAGGCAGGAGAAAAUGCAAACGGCUUAACAACCAGAGGUCUCCGAAAAGCGGCUUCCCCGUGAUGGGUAGCACUAACAACGGUGGAGGUGACAACUUUAGCUUUCACAAUAGUGGGACCAUCCCUACUGGCAGCCACUUUAACGAGCCAAAUCAUUAUUAUCACAGUGGCAUGUACAGCACGAAUGGCGGAAACGGGAUGCGGAGCGACCGAAUAGGGGGCGAUCGAAUGGGUCAUCGUCUCCUGGAGGAGCCCGGCGCCCCAGCACAUACCAAAAUGGGCAGGGGGUACUGCCAGAGACCGAACCUCAGCGAUUAUGGCAACUUUAACAAGGAAAACCUUACCAAGGGGAAGAGAAGAACAGGGAGGAAGAAUAGCGAGAGUGGCGUCGGAUCCAUUGUCACCACCGGAAGAGAAGAGCACAGCAUGCGGAGCUGCAAAAGCCACUAUAGCAGUCACCGUAGCAGUCACCACAUCAUCUACCGGUAUAGUUGGCGCUGUAGUCGUUUGAGGAGCCUCCGAGGUAGUAGUCGUCAGGGCAGUGGCAUGGGCACCACCCUGGGGGCAAUGGCUGGCUAUAAGAUCGGCUUGAACUACACCGUGAGCGGAGGUCCCAAUUAUCCCGCGAGCCGCGCCCUUCCUCCCCCCCCCACCAACAAUGAGGCCAAGCCAAGGAAUAGCUACCAUAGCAAUCGUAUCUACCAUUGCUACCAUUUCUUCAAUGCGUCCUUCUCAUUUGUCAAGAAGAAAUACAAUUUUAACUCCAGCAUACGAAGGAAUUAUAUUUCCUUUAGGAGUAACUAUUAUGGGAACAGAACCCUGUGGUUGAAGCUGAACAUGCGAAAACAUACAGGUGGGUCUUCUUCCCUGGUGAUGGUCGCAGUAGACGCCGCGUCCGCUCAGUUGGCCGAUACAGGCGCGAGAGGUGAGCGAAGAAGCUCCAACCAAAUGAUGGCCAAUUUUGGCCCAAGUCGAGACUCAGCAGUAACGGCUAUGAAUUCCGAUCGCUAUGCGAGGGAGGGAGUAAUGGAGCACGAAGGAAAUAACACCAUGUUCAUGAUAGGAGGGACUAACGGAGAAGAAGAUGGCGAAAAUUACAACACGAGCAACAACCUGAAUAGAAGGAGAAGGAAAAGAAGAAGGGGAGUACUCACAGUAAUUAACAAGACGAAGAAGACGCAUGCAAGGAGCAGACUAAAUACAAAUAAUAGCAAAAUGACAGUUGGAGAAAUAGAAAGAGAAAGAGGUACAGCCAGAAGUAGAAACAGAGGAGCAGGAUUAAACCGAGGAACAACAACUACAAUGACGAGUAAUAUACAUAAGGGCUCACUAGGAAUGCACCUCAGUGAUAGUAGUACCCGGGGUGAUAGCAACGUAAGCCAUAGGUACAGAAACGCCUCCUCAAUGCGCAACACGGGGUAUGGAAACAUGAUUCCCACCAACAACAGGAACCACUACCUUGGUAAACACGGCUCAGUGAAUGACUUCGGAGAUGCAUCACUCCUUAACGACAUGACUAGAGGAGAGGGAUCAGAUGAUGAGUGCAUAUACAAAGCGAAUAACAGAAGGGAGACACACAAGAAGAAGGGAAAGGAAACCAAAAUAAAUCUCUGUCGUGACAGAAUGCAUAUGUGUAAAUACCUAAGUGAUGAUGAUAUAACGUAUGAGCACUAUUGCAAUUAUUUUUUGAAAAGUGUCGAUAGCAUUUCUGUGGCUAGCUAUUUACGGUAUUUUAAGAUUGUUAACAAGAAGGGGCUUAAGUUGAAGGCGAAGCGCAUGUCUCCGAAGGUAACAUUCAACUACGAGACCUUCGUCAACUCAAUCGUCACCACGAAUGAAUCGAAGCGCCGAGCGGAAGUAAAAUCGGAGCCGCAAGUGGCGCAGCGGGGGAACCGAGGAGAAGAUACACACCGAAAAGACGAUACGAAGGGAACAAACGAUAAGAACGGAAUAGUCGAUUCGAAAAAGCCGAAAGGGAUACGCGACAAAAUUGGACGAGUCUGUGUGAAGAAGGAGCCUAUAGAGAAUGAUGCCCCAAAAGGGAACGAAACGGAAAAAGCAGAUGAGCCAGAAGAAGAAGACGAAGAAGUAAAAGCAGAUAAAGCGGAGUACGGAGACGAAGCGGACAAAACCAAUCAAACCAACCAAUCGAGCACAGAGAAGCACACCCUUCUACAGCUGCUCAACGAUGACAGCGAGGACCUUCUCGAAUGCACCCCAAUAAUAACCCCCCUCUUCCUCUUCUUUAUUGACAACAACAGCCUGGUGACAUGCUUCGAAAACAUUCUCAAAAACAAAGUAGUUAAAACGAAGUAUAUUAACUGCCUCAAGGGAGUUUUGCUCCAUUUGAGGGAAAAAUAUGGAGAUGUUCUGUUGUCUCCUCCCUACCGUGGAGAGGGGCGGCGCCGACUGAUGCCUCAUUACAACCAAGGGUACGUCAAAGGGGAGAUAGAAGAUUUCUGCGAAGAGUUCAAGGAGGGCUACAAGGAGGAAGAAGAUAAUGGUGCCCGUAGCGGAGGCAUGCUGGACAUGACCCGUCCGAGUGGACUCAUGGGUACAGAACCCACGCGAAGACACAAAGGAAGAAAUGUUGACGUCGGAGCAGAUGGUCGUCGCGUUGGAGCAACAGGAUAUGCAAACUCUGGAGCGACGGAAACAACCAUGAGUGGUAGCGCAAUCCAUGAAGGGGAAAGAAGACGAAUGAAAGGCACUCCAACGAAUCGUGGAUCCACCUCUUCCAGUCAGACGAAUAGACCAACAAGGAGUAAUACCAUGCACUCAGCUCGAGGAAAUUCUCGAGGAGGAACGGCAUCAGGAGGAACAGUAGAAGCACCUGGAGGAGGAGCAGCUGGAGCAGUGGGAGCGCCACAUGGCAAUACCACCAACGGCUACUCCCUGAGGAGGAAGGAAGUCAAUGGAGAGAGGCUCAUUUACCGAAAUUUUGAGCAGAAGUAUAGCAACAAGUAUUUUAUUAACGACGAUGCGUACCCUACGAAGGAGGCGUGCAUGAGUGGAAAGCGAAGGAAGAGUUACCUAGAGGAGCAGCAGACACAUCACACGCAUUCACAGCAUCAGGGGAUGUCGGGACAGACAAUGUACCCGCCGAUGCAACGCUUCCACAACAGGGGAGCGCAGGGAGAACACCUCGACGAGAUGGAAGCCACGCGGCAUCACCACCAUGGCAUGCGAGGAGAGAUGAGCGGUAACAUGAUGAAUAGGAGCAGUGGAAAUGCACACAGCCAAAUGAACUACGACGAUCACAUGAACACAACUCAUUUUUACAUCAAGGACGAAAUGAAGGAUAGCAAUGAUGAGAGCAGUUACAAUUAUGACAUGGACCACAUGGAGACGAGGAAAUUUGGAACAAGAGGAGGAGGGCACAGUAUGGAAGAGCAUAACAACGGGCAGCAUAGCCACUACCAUCACCACCGAAUGAUGGUAGAUGUGAAGGAGGAAUUGUCAUUGGACAAUAAUCAGCAUGAGCAGCAUGGGUUAAGGAUGACGACGACAACCACCACGAGUAGCAGAACCACCUCCCGCUGUAUGGACACAGAUGGAGGGAACAGCAGUUUUGGAGGAAUGGAAGGUGCGAAUGACACUGGGUGGAGUGCGACAGGUGGUAUGAACACCUCAUCGUCCAUCAAUGAGAAGAACAUCAUCGGCGGAAGUUUAGGAAGUCUCCAUAUGGAUGGAAAAAAUCCCUACAAAAAUAAAACGCAUGAAAAAUUGGAAGGUAACGAUAAUGUCAAGAGAAGGAGAACUCAUUCCACCAGCACCAACCAGGAAAAGACAAAGACGGCCUAUGAUGGAAUGACAAAGGAGAAUUCAAAUAACGUGAUGCAAAAAAAUGCUGUUACACAAAAAAAGGCAAAUAAUAGCUAUUCGUGCUUAAACCACAAGGAAAUAAAAGAUAUGCUGAGAGAUCUGACUAUUCUGAAAAGUGGUGCAAAUUGGAAAACGUACAAAAUGGAAGACGUGCCGAAGGAAUUGUUUAAGCAUAUUCGUCCGAUUAACCAGCGAGUGACCGGGUUUAAGACCGUCCUUCUUGUGGACGAGCUUUUCGAGAGACUGUGGGAGUUUCCCAGCACGGAUAUCAUCAAGGUUCGGACGGUCACCCGUGGGGACCAGUUCAUCGGCGAUGUCCGAAUCGAUUUCUACUACCGCCAGAGCGAGCGCACGCUGUGCCGCUCCUGCGGCCGACACAUCCUCAAGCAGAAGUUUGCCACGGAGCACUACCAGAAGAAUAUAAACUGCUGGAAGGAAGUCAUGUGGAGACUGGGCAUCCCCGAGUUGAAUUACUACAACUCCGUUCGUAACGACAGCUUCUUCGAAUCUCGCUCCCUCAGCGUGGAGAAUAACAACGAGCAGGUUGUCCUGGAUCGAACGCUGACCCUGUACAACCAGGAGCUAAUCAAGAAGGCCACCGAUUUUGUAAAUGACGAACUGAAGUAUUACGAGGAGAACAUUGUGACAAAGCCGAGAAAGAGUAAGACAUCGAACCAAUGCUUUGAACUGGAUAUCCUAAUCCUUGACGACAGCAACAUUAUCCUCCCAACGGUCAAGAACGAUCUAGACGAACCUUAUUUUGAAAUCUCCGGCAUCUACCCAAACAAUGGGUUCCCAGAUGAAAACUACACCAAAAAUUUCUGCUUUAUCAAAAUAACAUUUAAUAAACUUGGCGGGAUGGUCUUACGAGAUCUGUUUACCCUGGAGUGUGAGUUCCUCGUCGAUUGGGGAGACAAUCUACUCAUCCAGGCAAAGAAGUAUACCCUACACGAAGUAUACAAUACGUCUGAUUCUCAUGACAUCAGUCUGAGAAAUCUGUACGAGCAAGGCUUUGCUUACUUGCGCUGUAACAUUCCUCAGAAGACCAAUGGGAAAGUCAACUUAAAGGUUAGGAUACCAAAGACGGUGUGGCAUUACUGGGAAGCGGUCGCAGAUGAGACGCUUAAAAUUAACUAUGAGUUUCUGGACAAGCAUAAUGUGCAUCGGCAGCUACUCUUCUGUUCUUACUUAGACAAUGUAAAUAAAAGUUUCAGUGCCUCUGUGAAGAACUCCUCCAAAGGGGGCGGUCAGUGUGGCAGCAGCUACGGCAUGAGCAACGAUCUAGCGAGUUGUAGCGGUGACCACAGGAUGGAUCACUCGAUGGAUCACUCGAUGGAUCACUCGAUGGAUCACUCGAUGGAUCAUCCGAUGGAUCAUCCAAUGGAUCAUCCAAUGGAUCAUCCGAUGGAUCAUCCAAUGGAUCACCCGAUGGAUCAUCCAAUGGAUCACCCGAUGGAUCACCCAAUGGAUCACCCGAUGGACCGUUACCCGCCUUACGAGUCGCAUCACCACCCGCACCACAGCGGAAGCGGCAUCCCGUUUGACCACCCAAAGAUGAAGGAGGAGGAGGACUACUCCCACAGCGGAUCCUUCGCCGAGGGGAAGAAAUCCAAAGGGGGGAGUAGCGGAGGUGGUAGUGCAAGUGGCAGUAGAGGAAACCACCAUCACUCAUCGGAACACUUAUCUGGAGGAGGCAAAGGCAUGCAUUACGGAUAUAAUACUUCCUCCAAAUCGGAAAUUAACAAUCUCAGCAGCGGCAUGAACAGCGGGAGGGACAUGUAUUGCCAGAAUGAUUCUUACACCAAUUUGGACUACUCCUUACUAAGUCACUUGUGCCAUCAGACCUCCCACCCCAGCUACAGCAUGACUAACAUGCAGAACGAUCAGGACAGCAGCUUCUCCAAAAACUUCGACGAGUACAACUCGCACAUGGAGAUGAACUACUGA